UAGUCCGCGGAGGGAUCCCAGCUUGUCAGAACCAUGGUGAGAGGCAGCGAGCAGCAUAGGUCCAUCGUUAGCCCAGCAGCUACUCAUUAGGACGGGGAGACGGUGCACCGAGAAGACGCUCAGCUGUGGACGUUUCUACCGAGCAAAUGUUAACUUUCGGAUAGUUCUCGUUCUGCUGGGCUGCUCUAGCGUUUCAGGGGUUUGGAGCCAGCUUUCGCUUCGCUACGCUGGUGUUCUGCGGUGGAAAUAGCCAAAAAAAUGUCGUCUCCAAGUCCGGGCAAAAGGCGAAUGGACACCGAUGUGGUGAAACUCAUCGAGAGCAAGCAUGAAGUCACCAUCCUCAGUGGACUCAAUGAAUUUGUAGUGAAGUUUUUCGGACCACAAGGAACGCCGUACGAGGGAGGUGUGUGGAAGGUGCGAGUAGAUCUUCCCGACAAAUACCCUUUUAAAUCGCCAUCAAUAGGAUUCAUGAACAAGAUUUUUCAUCCCAACAUUGACGAAGCGUCAGGGACAGUGUGCUUAGAUGUCAUCAACCAGACAUGGACAGCCCUUUAUGAGGAGGAUGAGGAGGAGGAGGAUGGAGGGAGGGAGGACAGGGCGAGGCUCUCUCCCCCUGACCUCCAGAAGUCCAGCAACCUGAGAUCCUCAAUGAAAUAUUUAAAGCUUCUGUUUAUCCGCAGUGCGCUGGUCAAGAAGAAAAAACUGCAGGCCUCCAAUGACGUAAUGCCCGAGGCGCACAGCUGUGGUCUGAUUGGUCUGUGCAGAGCGGGGCGGUCAGGUGACCUGUGCCGCUGA